CACUUGCACUUUUACAGUGUGUAAACACAUUUUUCUCUUUUUUCCUUCAACGUUUAUCUUUUUCCCUAGUGAUGUAAAUUACCUGGAAGAAAUUGUAGCGACUGAUAAUGCAACUCCCACAAACAACAAUAACGAAAACAGGAAAACUCAUCAAUUUCUUUUCUCUGGGGGAAACUUAUUAACAUUUUCAACAUUCUUUCCUCCAUAGUUUCCACCAAGAUUGGACUCAUUUGAAAUGUCUCUAUAUAUAGAAAUGAAAUUUCUACAUUCAUCCCAUGACUUGAUAUUACUCAAGACUUAUUAAUAUCUCUUAAGGUAAAAAACCCCAAGGAAAAUUGAAGGAACACAAGUCCAUGGAGAAAAUAUUUUCAUUCUCAGUUCAGGCCAACAAGAUAGGUGAUGCACUCAAUCAUUUUAAUUCAACCAUCUUAAGUUAUGUGAUAGUUUGCCUAGUAAUAAUAUUUCAGGAAUUUCGUUCUUGUUUUACUCCAUUAUUUCGAGCCAUUCUUUUGUUUUUUAGUACUCCAUUUAAGAAGUCUGAUAAUGCUGAAAUUUCAUCUAAGGAGAAUGUCAAUAGCGAGGGGCUAUUAGAGGAGGAUGUUGAGUUAGUACUGGACACACUAAUGAAUUUUUGCAACCAAAAUGGGGAUAAGAACAUUGAUGAGUUAGAAUUGGUAGAGGUUUUCGAUUCGUUUGAUGAAACAGAGCCUAGUUUGGAGGAAGUAAAAGAAGCAUUUGAUGUGUUUGAUGAGAAUGGAGAUGGCUACAUUGAUGCAAAUGAAUUAGAGAAAGUCAUUUCCAAGAUGGGAUUCUUGGAAUUAUCGGUGUUGGAUUGCCAGAGGAUGAUUGCUCCAUUCGAUGAAAACAGAGAUGGAAAAAUUGAAUUUGGUGAAUUUGUGAAGCUCAUGGAGCAUAUCUUUCAAUAACUCUGCAUAAUUCUUGUGAAUACUAAUUAAUAAAACCACUUGCCAAAUUUCAAGAAAUAUGAUAGUAGUAGUACUAUAAAUGAAUGAGAAAUACAAUUCUAGUUGA